GACGCCAGGACAGGAAGCUGCUAAUUGCUCAGGUUGCGAGUUGCGACGAUGGCGAUGAUAAUGAAACACAUGGCUGCUUCCAGAAGGCAACUGCAGGUGGCGGCGAGCAGGAUCGUGGGCGCAAGAACCAUGUCGGCAGUUCCUCACAAGUCCCCUCCUCCUUCCUCGUCGGAGGAGCUAAUGCGGUUGGAACAGGAGCGCAGCGCUCACAAUUACCAUCCCAUUCCUAUGGUUUUUUCUAAAGCAAGUGGCACAUGUGUAUGGGAUCCAGAAGGCAACAAGUACAUUGAUUUCUUAUCAGCUUAUUCUGCUGUUAAUCAGGGGCAUUGUCAUCCAAAAGUUAUGAAAGCUUUAAUUGAACAAGCACAAAAGCUCACUCUUAGCUCUAGAGCUUUCUAUAAUGACAAGUUUCCUACUUUUGCUGAGCACGUUACUCAACUGUUUGGAUAUGAUAUGAUGUUACCGAUGAAUACUGGGGCUGAAGGAGUGGAAACAGCAUUGAAACUGGCAAGAAAAUGGGGUUACAAGAAGAAAAAGAUCCCUCAGGAUAAGGCUCUCAUUGUAUCUUGUUGUGGUUGUUUCCAUGGUCGGACCGUGGGGGUAAUAUCUAUGAGUUGCGACAAUGAUGCUACUCGUGAUUUUGGUCCCUUGGUUCCAGGGCAUCUCAAAGUUAAAUUUGGUAAUGUUGAUGCACUAGAAAAAAUCUUCAAAGAUCACGGGGAGCAAAUUUGUGGUUUUCUGUUUGAGCCUAUUCAAGGGGAAGCAGGAGUCAUAAUACCACCAGAUGGUUAUUUAAGAUCUGUCAGAGAUCUAUGUUCUAGAUACAAUAUUCUGAUGAUUGCUGAUGAAAUACAAACUGGUAUAGCUCGCACUGGGAGAAUGCUAGCAUGCGACUGGGAAAUGAUACGACCUGAUGUUGUGAUACUAGGAAAAGCCUUAGGAGCUGGUGUUAUACCAGUAAGUGUAGUUCUUGCUGACAAGGAAAUCAUGUUGUGCAUCCAGCCUGGAGAGCAUGGAAGUACUUUUGGAGGAAACCCGUUGGCAAGUGCUGUAGCAGUUGCUGCAUUGGAUGUUAUCAAGGAGGAAGAACUCGUCAAGAGGGCUGAACAGUUGGGGCAGGUGCUCAGGGAUCAACUAGGAAAAGUUCAAUUACAAUUCCCACAGAUAAUAAAAGAAGUUCGGGGAAAAGGAUUGCUUAAUGCCAUAGAUCUUAACCACAAAGCCCUCUCUCCUGUUUCGGCCUAUGAUAUAUGUAUGAAAUUGAAGGAGAGAGGGAUUCUUGCAAAGCCAACACAUGAUACCAUUAUUCGGUUAGCUCCUCCUCUCACCAUAAGCUUGGAGGAGAUCAGCGAAGCAUCAAAAGCUAUCAGUGAUGUGUUGGAGAUUGACUUGCCCAAGAUGCAGAAGCAGAAGCAAAAUGCUGAGACUCCAACACCUACGCAAGCAUGUGAUCGAUGCGGGAAGCAAUUGCACGAUUCAACAGACUGAUUCCUUUGCUCUAGGUUCUUUCCCUCUUGCUACACAUGCUCAUGCCUACCACUGCUCAAACCAAGGAACUACAAAGUUGAGAUGAUUUCAGUCUGUCCCAAUAAACUAUAAACUGUCGUGAUUUAAUAAACCAAACUUGAAUAAGAGAUUUUGACUUUGCUAGUGAUAUGUUCUCAACCUACUUCAUUGGAUUAUGGGUUUUGACUUUUUCGUAA